UCAAGCCAGAAGCAAAAAACACAUUUGACGGGACAUCUAUCUUUUCACAUCCACGGCUAGGCUUCAAAAUGAAUGUGAGUACAAACACGACGGUGAAGUCGCCAUCCAUGUCCAAACUUAAUCAGGUGAUCUUCAUAGCCAAAAUGACGUCACUAGGGCUGCUUGGUGCCAUCAUAAUCUUAGGUAACCUGGCYUCCAUCAUCACCUUUGUCAAGACCCAGUCUCUUCGCAGACGAUCUCACUACCUUAUCAUCUGCUUAUCUGCAGCAGAUCUCCUCGUUGGCGUGGUGGCUUCCUUGUUGUUGUACCAUUUCCUUACUGGCCCCAAAUUAAACGCCUAUGCGUAUGCUCUUGAAUUUCUCGACACCUUAACAGGAGUGGCGUCUCUUCUUAUUCUGUCAGUUAUUUCUGUUGAGCGGUUCUCAGCAAUCCUAUUCCCAUUUCGUCAUCGUAUGUUACGAUUCAGAGUGUACGUUGCACUGUCUUCMUUUCCUUGGAUUUUGGCCACUGUUAUUGCUGUCAUGAGCAUCAUAGGCCACUUCAAACGAUCGGUUUAUUAUACAUAUUUGCAUAUCUCUUUCGUUAUUGUCGCCCUGGCGUUACUGACUAUCACGGUUUCGUACAUCAGUAUGGGGUGCAAGAUGAGACGCCAAAGUAACGUAAGAGCAGAAAACCAGAACCGUGCAUUGCGUGACAAGAAACUUGUCAUCACGUUACUGAUAGUCACGCUUUCCUCACUCCUCACCUGGAUGCCAUUACAAGGUUACGUUGUUGUGAAAAACUUUUGCAAGGAAUGCCCCUUGCCAGACUCCAACGAUAUCUUCAUUAUGAAGUUCCUUCAGUUCUGCAAUUCUGGUCUUAACGUUUUCAUCUACAUGGUGCGCAUGCCUGAGUUUCGUGUCGCGUUUCUUGCUAUCUUUUGUAGAAGAAAGAGACGCACUAUGAAACGACCAAAUGACACUAUGCAGAAGACCAACCAAGCAUUUACGACCGAUGAGAACACUCGAGUAUCUCGAAGUACCAUAGUUCAAACCACUGAAUUCGAUGAUUUGCAAGGCAAAGAACAAAACCCUUUCAACCAAGAAACCAAUGUUAUCGAUAACCAGAUCAGCAACACUAUCUACAAUAACAAGAUAACAGUGUUCUCACAAGCCAAUAACAAGCCUAAGAAAUUUAACGGUGAACGUGGAAACACCUUUGGAAAGCCCAAUGAAAAGAAUACAGAGACACUGAGCAAUCAAGGACACAUUGAAGAAACGCAAGGCAGCAAUGAKCGUGAGAUACUACMAGCUUAUCCUGAAAAUGGUUUCUCAUCUUCAAAGUAUGAAAUCGCCCUCGACAAGCUUGAAGAUUACGAUACACCAAUGUAAAUCAUGCCACACCAUACUCCUCUUUCAUAAUGCCAGAUUUGUAAAUCCGGUACCUAGAUCUUCUUUCACUGAAACAGCCUAAACUAUCUGAAAGAGUUUUUACAGUGCGACUACUCCAACCAAAGCCACUUCGACAAAUUUUCUGCAAAUUAUCCAAUAGUGUUUGAGUAUUUAGACAAUAUUGUAGCGGCAAAUUUUGAAUUUAGAUAUUGUUCCGUUGUUCCGGUUGGUAAAACUAAAUGAUGAAGAAGAGCUUGUAAUAUAUUUUCUUCGCAAAUUAGUGAUUUGUGUCACCAAAGAUAGAGAAAAUUAGUAAUGUACGACUUCAAAUACGACAGGAAAGCAAAUUAGAAACCGUAUGAAAGACAGUCAUUAUGAUUACAGUGUUUUUCUUCCAGACAAAGAUAUUAUCAGGCUGACACUGUGAGAUCUUAUCACCAUGUUGCUAUGCGACAGCACGCUUAUAUUCGACAACAGAGGUGCCGUCAGUCUUCUCAGCCGUGUAAACCCAUGGAUAUUUGUAGCAAUUCUAUUGUUCAGAUUCCUACUUUUGAUUGGCUAAUUYGUAGGAAAUUUGUCGAGGUAGGUGGCUUUGGUUGGAGUAGUCGCACUGUAAUUAAAGCCGUCAAUAAAUGUACAAAGUCUGCGAGAUGAACAGGUAACACGGUCAUAAACUUAACGCUUAUCGUGUUCAUUAUUGUACUAUAAUUAUU